AUGGGGCGGGGUGAUGGAAAGAGGGAGGAUGGGGCGAGGUGCUGGAAAGAGGGAGAAUGGGGCGGGGUGAUGGAAAGCGGGAGAAUGGGGCGGGGUGAUGGAAAGCGGGAGAAUGGGGCGGGCGGAGAGAACCCCUCCACGUUCCCUCCUUCCAUCACCCCGCCCCAUUCCCGCUUCCCGCUUUCCAUCACCCCGCCCCAUUCUCCCGCUUCCCAUCACCCCGCCCCAUUCUCCCGCUUCCCAUCACCCCGCACCAUUCUCCCGCUUUCCAUCACCCCGCACCAUUCUCCCGCUUUCCAUCACCCCGCCCCAUCCUCCCGCUUUCCAUCACCCCGCCCCAUCCUCCCUCCUUCCAUCACCCCGCCCCAUUCUUCCUCCUUCCAUCACCCCGCUCCAUUCUCCCUCAUUCCAUCACCCCGCCCAAUUCUCCCGCUUCCAUCACCCCGCCCCAUUCUCCUGCUUUCCAUCACCCCGCCCCAUUCUCCCGCUUUCCAUCACCCCGCCCCAUUCUCCCGCUUUCCAUCACCCCGCCCCAUUCUCCCGCUUUCCAUCACCCCGCCCCAUUCUCCCGCUUUCCAUCACCCCGCCCCAUUCUCCCGCUUUCCAUCACCCCGCCCCAUUCUCCCGCUUUCCAUCACCCCGCCCCAUUCUCCCGCUUUCCAUCACCCCGCCCCAUUCUCCCGCUUCCAUCACCCCACCCCAUUCUCCCGCUUUCCAUCACCCCGCCCCAUUCUCCCGCUUUCCAUCACCCCGCCCCAUUCUCCCUCUUUCCAGCCCCCGCCCCAUCCUCCCUCUUUCCAUCACCCCGCCCCAUUCUCCCGCUUUCCAUCACCCCGCCCCAUUCUCCCGCUUUCCAGCACCCCGCCCCAUUCUCCCGCUUUCCAGCACCCCGCCCCAUUCUCCCGCUUUCCAUCACCCCGCCCCAUUCUCCCGCUUUCCAUCACCCCGCCCCAUUCUCCCGCUUCCCAUCACCCCGCCCCAUUCUCCCGCUUCCCAUCACCCCGCCCCAUUCUCCCGCUUUCCAGCACCCCGCCCCAUUCUCCCGCUUUCCAGCACCCCGCCCCAUUCUCCCGCUUUCCAUCACCCCGCCCCAUUCUCCCGCUUUCCAUCACCCCGCCCCAUUCUCCCGCUUUCCAGCACCCCGCCCCAUUCUCCCGCUUUCCAUCACCCCGUCCCAUUCUCCCGCUUUCGAUCACCCCACCCCAUUCUCCCGCUUUCCAUCACCCCGCCCCAUUCUCCCGCUUCCCAUCACCCCGCCCCAUUCUCCCGCUUCUUAUCACCCCGCCCCAUUCUCUCGCUUUCCAGCACCCCGCUCCAUUCUCCCUCUUUCCAUCACCCCGCCCCAUUCUCCCUCUUUCCAUCACCCCGCCCCAUUCUCCCGCUUCCCAUCACUCCGCCCCAUUCUCCCGCGUUCCAUCACUCCGCCCCAUUCUCCUGCUUCCCAUCACUCCGCCCCAUUCUCCCGCUUUCCAUCACCCCGCCCCAUUCUCCCUCUUUCCAUCACCCCGCCCCAUUCUCCCGCGUUCCAUCACCCCGCCCCAUUCUCCUGCGUUCCAUCACUCCGCCCCAUUCUCCCGCUUCCCAUCACUCCGCCCCAUUCUCCCGCUUUCCAUCACCCCGCCCCAUUCUCCCUCUUUCCAUCACCCCGCCCCAUUCUCCCGCUUUCCAUCACCCCGCCCCAUUCUCCCGCUUUCCAUCACCCCGCCCCAUUCUCCCGCUUUCCAUCACCCCGCCCCAUUCUCCCGCGUUCCAUCACUCCGCCCCAUUCUCCCGCUUCCAUCACCCCGCCCCAUUCUCCCGCUUUCCAUCACCCCGCCCCAUCCUCCCUCUUUCCAUCACCCCGCCCCAUUCUCCCACUUUCCAUCACCCCGCCCCAUUCUCCCACUUUCCAUCACCCCGCCCCAUUCUCCCGCUUUCCAUCACCCCGCCCCAUUCUCCCACUUUCCAUCACCCCGCCCCAUUCUCCAGCUUUCCAUCACCCCACCCCAUUCUCCCUCUUUCCAUCACCCCGCCCCAUUCUCACGCUUUCUAUCACCCCGCCCCAUUCUCCCGCUUUCCAUCACCCCGCCCCAUUCUCCCGUUUUCCAUCACCCCGCCCCAUUCUCCCGCUUUCCAUCACCCCGCCCCAUUCUCCCGCUUCCAUCACCCUGCCCCAUUCUCCCGCUUUCCAUCACCCCGCCCCAUUCUCCCGCUUCCAUCACCCCGCCCCAUUCUCCCGCUUUCCAUCACGCCGCCCCAUUCUCCCUCGUUCCAUCACCCUGCCCCAUUCUCCCGCUUUCCAUCACCCCGCCCCAUUCUCGCGCUUUCCAUCACCCCGCCCCAUCCUCCCUCCUUCCAUCACCCCGCCCCAUUCUCCCGCUUUCCAUCACCCCACCCCAUUCUCCCUCUUUCCAUCACCCCGCCCCAUUCUCACGCUUUCUAUCACCCCGCCCCAUUCUCCCGCUUUCCAUCACCCCGCCCCAUUCUCCCGUUUUCCAUCACCCCGCCCCAUUCUCCCGCUUUCCAUCACCCCGCCCCAUUCUCCCGCUUCCAUCACCCUGCCCCAUUCUCCCGCUUUCCAUCACCCCGCCCCAUUCUCCCGCUUCCAUCACCCCGCCCCAUUCUCCCGCUUUCCAUCACGCCGCCCCAUUCUCCCUCGUUCCAUCACCCUGCCCCAUUCUCCCGCUUUCCAUCACCCUGCCCCAUUCUCCUGCUUUCCAUCACCCCGCCCCAUUCUCCUGCUUUCCAUCACCCCGCCCCAUUCUCCCUCUUUCCAUCACCCCGCCCCAUUCUCCCUCUUUCCAUCACCCCGCCCCAUUCUCCCGCUUUCCAUCACCCCGCCCCAUUCUCCCGCUUUCCAUCACCCCGCCCCAUUCUCCCGCUUUCCAUCACCCCGCCCCAUUCUCCCGCUUUCCAUCACCCCGCCCCAUUCUCCCGCUUUCCAUCACCCCGCCCCAUUCUCCCGCUUUCCAUCACUUCGCCCCAUUCUCCCGCUUUCCAUCACCCCGCCCCAUUCUCCCGCUUUCCAUCACCCCGCCCCAUUCUCCCGCUUUCCAUCACCCCGCCCCAUUCUCCUGCUUUCCAUCACCCCGCCCCAUUCUCCCGCUUUCCAUCGCCCCGCCCCAUUCCCCCGCUUUCCAUCGCCCCGCCCCAUUCCCCCGCUUUCCAUCGCCCCGCCCCAUUCUCCCGCUUUCCAUCGCCCCGCCCCAUUCUCCCGCUUUCCAUCGCCCCGCCCCAUUCUCCCUCCUUCCAUCACCCCGCCCCAUUCUCCCUCCUUCCAUCACCCCGCCCCAUUCUCCCUCUUUCCAUCACCCCGCCCCAUUGUCCCUCUUUCCAUCACCCCGCCCCGAAUGUUGUUGCAUAUUCGGGUGGCCCAUGUUCAAAUACACCUAUUCAAGCAACUUCAGCUUGGUUCGCACGCACAGAAAAGUUCGGCGGCCACGAUGA